ACGGGUCCCCACUCCCCGAGGAUUCGGAAAGCGAGGACGAGACAGACCCGGCGAUUCAAGAGUUUCUACGAAGGGUAAUUCGUUACCCAGUCCGGCAGAAAACGACGAAAAUUUUCGUGCUGACCGAAGAAAAUGUCCAACGAACUCGAGCUCUGAUCAUAGAAGAACCCCUUGUACAGGUGUCAAGGAUGUCCGACUCUUCGGAACACCCUCGGACCCUGUACGAGUGCGCUACUCCCUUGCUUCCCCGAUACGUAGAUAAACGUUCCUUCUGCGACGUCACGAAACCCCCUCCCCGAUCGCUUUUUACCACGGACAAGGAGAUACGAUUGCUGAGUCUGGGAGAGGAAGUACAGACUCCGGAACCCCUUGGGUGUCCCGAAGCCUCGUUGUUUGAUGUCGAGAUAAGAAGCGAUGAGAAAUCGGUGGAUCCCCGGGAUAUCGCGGACGGGAUAACCCCCGAAGAACACGUGGCCAUCCGAGAGGAGGAAGCUCAGAUGGUAGCCACCGUAUUCUCGUGGUGGUCGGACAACUCUUUCAUCUCUUCCCCGGCGCCACAGGACUCUAGGGCAAUUGCGUUGGAGAAAAGUGAAUUCUUCCUGUCCGAGAUCUCGUUCCUGGGCUACGUGGUAACCCGAGGAUGCUUGAGACCGGAUUCGAGGAAGGUUGAGGUUGUUCGAGAAGCAUCCACGCCCACGUCAUUGACGCAGGUUCGGGCCUUCCUGGGAUUAGCCUCGUACUACCGACGGUUUAUCAAGGGCUUUGCGGCAAUCGCUGGGCCCCUGACAAACCUCCUGCGGAAGGAUCAGCCGCUGAACUGGGACACGGAGUGUGAGCAGGCCUUCUGCACUUUAAAGGAGGCCCUGGCCUCGGCCCCUAUUUUAACCUGGCCCGAUCCCGAGCGCCAGUUCCUACUCAUUACUGACUGGCAGUCGGAGGCUAUCUCCGCUAUCCUAGCUCAGAAGGGGAAAGACGGGCGGGAAGUCGUGGUCGAGUAUGCUUCGAGGACGGUGUCGGACGAAAGGAAGAACGACUCGGCGCCACAGGGAGAAUGCUGCGCUGUCGUCUGGGGAAUCCAUCACUUCCACCUACAUCUCUACAGGCAAAAGUUCCUCCUCGAAACGGAUCACGAGCCAUUGUUGGCCCUCAAAAAACUGACGAACUACGCGAGAAUGAUUGGGCGAUGGGCGGUGAGGCUACAGGAGUAUGACUUCGACAUCGUCCAUCGAAAAACGGAAAGGCACGAGAACGUCGACGGGUUGACACUUCUGCACCGGCCAGGCAAGGUGCCACGCAACAAGGAGAUCAUUCCGUGGAAGGAUCCGAAGCAGCCCAAGGGACCCGGGUACGACCAAGUGAAGGUUCUCCCUCGGCAGGCGAAGAAGUGACACGUGUCCUUAUGGCAACCCAGAGAGAAGAAAUCGCAGAGCGCCCUCUCUCUCCUUCUUCCUCUUCUCUAUUCUCCCUCCCCGAUCG